GUAACGACCAAAGCUUUCCUGGCAACACUUAGUACGGUCGCGUAUCUGAUCGUGGUUGCGUCGUGUUGCACGAGUUUUCAAACAACAUUUUUGUGCUUUGGACCAAACAUGAGUACAUUUUGUGAUACCUUUUGAAAUAUCCAAUUGGCGCCGAAAACAACAACAACAAACUUUGACUGUGAUUUUGAUAUUUAUAAUAUAUAUAAACCAGUGGGUGCGUGCCAGUGCUUUAGGAUUUUUUCCCUCAAAACCGCAUUCACCGCAGAAACGCAAAUACAUUUGAUUAUAUACAUACACACCAAUAUAUAUACAAACACAAAAAUAUAUAUAAUUAUAUUUUGUUUUUCCGAUCGAGAGUACUUGAUCCGACGCUCGGCGAACGAACGAGAAUCGCGGAACCAACGAACAAGUGAUUUUUUUCCUCUUCUGUUACUGUUUCUGUUUGACGAAUAGUUCGAAUUACUAAAGGAGUACUGUUUCUCCUCAAUUGAUCGUUCCGUUCACCGUCGAUCAGGGAUUUUUUUCGCCCCUUUUGGUUCGUGAGUGUGCUAUGAAGUGAUAAAGAAUCCCUUGGAGAGGGCAUAAAUGAUUAUGGAGAUGACCAACGAGAGCGCCGCGCGAUGGUACGAAACACCCCGCACGGGGAAUUCGGUAAGCCCUUCGCAUCAGGGAGCGGCGGCGGCAGCGGCCGCGGCAGAGGGUUCCGUUGCAUCGGAUAUCAAUCCAAGCGUUGCCGAACACAUGGGAGCCUUCUUCCUGGACCCUUCGGGCACACAAAGGGCAGCAAGAUACUACCACCAGAGCAUGCAUUCGCCCUACGGGAGCGUCGCGACGCACGCUUCGAGGAUGUCUUCGGGACAAGUGUGUAGACCGCACUUCCACGCGCCUCUUCAUCCCUGGCUAUCAGAUUCGAAACCGCUGAACCACUCGAGCCCUUGGGUGCCGUUCGGUGGUGGCGGCGGUGGAGGAGGUGGAGGCGAUCCUGAUAAGUCGCAAUCGCCAUCGUCGGUGGCGGCGUCGCAACCGCACAACCUUUUCUCGUUCCCACCGACGCCGCCGAAGGAUAGCACUCCUGAUUCGAUAGCGCCGGCCGGAGGACAGGAGUACCAGAGCGCCGUGGCGGCGGCGAUGGGUGCCUUCAUGCACGACAACCAGCAGAGUUGCGCCCUGGACAUCAAGCCGUCGGUGGCGGCAGCGGCGGCGGCCGCGGCUGCCGCAAACAACAAGCAGCGUGAAGGUAGUGAAUAUGAGGGGACGUCCGCUGGCAUGUUCAAUGGUAACUUUGAGAGCUCGUAUGGCUCGUCCUCUGCGUAUGGCCACGGUAUUCAUGGUGCGGCGGUGGUCUACAACCACCCCCAAAAACAACAGUAUACAGGGCAGGGCGCUCAGUCGCCCAACAAACCACGCAACAAAUCUAGAACCAGCGCCGAGGGUCGAGAGUGCGUAAACUGCGGAGCCACGAGUACACCUCUUUGGCGUCGCGACGGCACCGGCCAUUACCUGUGCAACGCCUGCGGCCUAUACUACAAGAUGAACGGCCAGAAUCGACCGCUGAUCAAACCGAAACGAAGACUGAGUUUACAAAGCGCGGCGCGAAGGGCGGGCACGAGCUGCGCGAACUGCAAGACGACAACGACAACCCUUUGGAGGAGAAACCAAAACGGCGAACCCGUCUGCAACGCAUGCGGAUUAUACUACAAACUGCACAACGUCAAUCGACCAUUAACGAUGAAGAAGGAAGGGAUCCAGACUAGGAAUCGGAAGUUGUCCAGCAAGAGUAAAAAGAAGAAAUCCGGAGGGCCAUGUCUGUCGCUAGGUGGCAUGAUGAGCGAUAUGAUGAAACCUCUGGACAGCAAAGGAGCGUUCGGCGGUGGCAGCUUCGGCGGUGGUAUGGGCGGCGGUCAUCCGCACCUCAAUCCCGCCAUGCACCCCCAUCACGCCAUGAGCCACUGGUACCAGCACGGAGGCCAUCCCCAGGGCUUCGUCUCGGCACCACCGCCACCUGCUCCACCACCCGCCGCCUCCUACCACCACCACAUGAGCUCCCUCAGCGCCGCCGGCCUCGGACUCACCGCAUCAAAUGGAAUGUCAGGCUGGCGAUCGGAAUACACGUGAUAAGUUUCCACCCGGAUUACAAAUUAAUAAUUAAGUAUGUAUUUUUUAAUAAAUUAAAUAUAAAAUAAACACAAAAAAAUAUAAUGAAAGGAAAGACAGAAGACGCAGGCGCAUUUUAACAGAGAUGACUUGUACAUAUUUUCGAUUU